GACGUGGACAUGUACGGCCGCCGGCAGGCCAACAUGCUGCAGAUGAGGAUGGCGGCGCCGGGCUCCAACGCCGUGGGCUACGACCCGCCCUACGCCACGCUGCCGGCGCACGCGGGGCUGGCGCAGAGGGCUCCCGCCGCCAACGGCAACGGCAAUGCCAACGCCAACGGCAACGGCCCGCCGGCCUGGCAAGCCCACGCCAUCCGACUGCCCUUCCCCGGCGGCACUCCAGUGCAGGUCCACCUCAUGACGACGGCGCGCCGCUCCGAGAGCCCCCAGCGCUACGACCACCAGCAAGUGGUGAUCGGCACCCAGACGGCCUACUACCAGCAGGCCUCGCAGCAGGGCCCGCUCGUGUACCAGGAGCAGCCCGCCCUGGCCGCCCUGCCCGGGCUGCCGGCCCACGGGUCGCCGACGCGCGGCGCGGGCCCCAAGCCCGGCAUGGCCUUCCAGGCCGAGCGCGGCGUGCCCGAGGGCGCGGCGUCGUCCUCCCCGGCGCUCUACGACGCCUCGGCGUCGCACGCCUCCAUCCAGAAGGACCUGACAUACAACUCUGUCUCCAUAAUUGUUCCAUUGUUAAUGAAAGAUUGUGUUGAUUUCUUUAUAUAUAUUUACAGUGCCAAAGACAGCAAAAUACCUGCAUUACUUUCACGUAUUACACCUUAUGGCUCCAAAGAAAAGAAACCAUUGUUAUUUUACUGA